CCUGUGCCCGGCACCAUGAAGCAGGAGUCCGCAGCCCAGAACGCCUCGUCUGCCUCGCCGCCCGCCUCGCCGCCCCCCCGGGACAACGGCGACCCCCAAGCGCUGUGGAUUUUCGGGUAUGGCUCCCUGGUGUGGAGGCCCGACUUCGCCUAUAGCGACAGCCGCGUGGGCUUCGUGCGCGGCUACAGCCGCCGGUUUUGGCAAGGAGACACCUUCCAUCGGGGCAGCGACAAGAUGCCUGGCCGUGUGGUGACCCUUCUUGAAGAUCAUGAGGGCUGCACUUGGGGCGUGGCAUACCAGGUGCGAGAUGAACAAAACCCUGGUUAUUUGGGCCCUGCGCCUGAGGAGGCCAUCGCUACGCAGAUCCUGGCCUGCCGUGGCUUCUCUGGCCACAACCUUGAGUACUUGCUGCGCCUGGCGGACUUCAUGCAGCUCUGUGGGCCCCAGGCACAGGACGAGCACCUGGCAGCCAUCGUGGACGCUGUGGGCACCAUGCUGCCCUGCUUCUGCCCCACUGAGCAGGCUUUGGCACUGGUCUGAGGGGCUGUGCCCCUGCAGGGAGUGCCCACGUGGACGUGGGGGCCAGAUCCCCACUCCUGUGCACACAGACAGACUUGGUACAGCUGGAGUCCACUAAGAGGACUCAGUGGGCAGUGGGGGCUCCUCUCCCUAAGCCCCUGCUUGUCCAUCAGUCUCCAGCUCUCCUGCCUGACACUGACUUACUACUUGAAACUAUUUAUUGCACCAUGUUGGUGUGGUGGGCAGGGUGGGGGGCCUGCCCUGGACAUAUGGGCCCUGCUGAGCGGUGCCCUACCACAGGUGCCUGACCAGAUUCCCCUCAGUGUUGCUGCUAACCCCACACCACCCAGGCCUCCA